AUGGGUCCAAUGUCAUCUAGCACUGCUGAAGUGAGAGUUAAGGCUGCUGAGGACAGAGUCAAGGCUGCUGAGUGGAAGCUAAAAGCCGAUCAGAAGAAACCCCGGAAUGAUGCUAAGUACUGGAGCGACCAGGCUGAAAAGUACAAAACUGAGCGAGACUUAGCCCAAGAAACCCUAGCCCGGAAGGAGGAGGAGUUGGCGAAGAAAGGGAAGGAACUAAAGGUGGAACAACGAGCCCACACCUUGACCAAGUUUGGGGUUGAAGAAAAGAUAGCUAAUGCCUCAGACCUACGCAUAAGCCACGUCAACCAACUGCACUUGGCUGCUGCUCCUCUUUCAGCCCCUGACUUUGAUGCACCACCAGCUGAAUGGGAAGCUUACGAGCGGUCAAAACUACGAGGCAAAAUAAAUCCUUCACUGCUGGAGUUGAAUCAUCUCAGUUCCCUGGACUUGAGCAAUAAAAAUUUCACCAGCAUACAGAUCCAAAAUUUUUCGGGAGAAAUUCCUCAUAACUUGGGGAAUCUUUCAAAGUUGCAGUAUCUUGAUCUUCGAAGUAAUAACUGGUGGGAUAUCGAAGCUACAAGUCUUGAAUGGAUUUCUAGACUUUCUUCCUUGCAUUACCUUGAUUUGAGUUAUGCGGAUCUUCGUAAAGCAACUUAUUGGCUGCAGGUAACAUUCAAACAUCCUUCAUUGUUAGAGUUGCACUUGCCAGCUUGCAGUUUGGAAGACGAUCCGUCUCCUAUCGGUGUCAAUUCUACAAAAUCACUGGUUGUUCUUGAUCUUUCUGAGAACAACUUUUCUUCAGUACCUAUGUCCAUAUUUGGUCUUCAUGGUCUUGUGUCCAUUGAUCUUAGUGGCAAUUCUUUAGAAGGCUCAAUUCCAGAUUACUUUAGGAACAUCUCAUUUCUUGAAGUUCAUGAUCUUAGUGGGAACUCACUCAAUUCAUCCACACCCAACUCUUUAUUUAGUUUAAAUCAUCUUCAAUUCCUUAAUCUCUCGGGCAAUGAAAUUUAUCAAGACAUAUCAGAAAUCCUUCUGAGUCUGUCUAGAUGUUGUUUGGAUUGCUUAGAGUCAUUGGACAUGGCACAUAACCAUCUUUUUGGCCAUUUAAUUGAUCAACUUGGGCACUUUAAAAACCUAGCUCACUUGUCGCUUGCUGGAAACAAUAUUUCUGGUUCCAUUCCAUCGUCAAUUGGGGAGUUAUCAUCUUUGAAGUUCUUUGAUGUUUCAGAAACUCAAUUAAAUGGUACUUUUCCAGGCUGUUUUGGUCAACUGGAAAGUUUAGAAACUCAAAAUUUGGGGCGUAACCUUUUGGAAGGAGUUGUAUCAGAAACCCAUUUUUUUAAUCUUACAAGAUUGAAAACUCUAGCAUCAUCACAGAACAGGCUCAGAUGGCAACUUGGCCCGAAGUUUCCUAGAUGGUUAAAAUUCCAAAAGAAUUUAUCUGUUUUAGAUAUCUCCGAUGCAGGAAUUUUGGAUAUCCUGCCCACUUGGCUUUUGAACUUGUCCUCUCAAUUUCAAUAUGUAAAUCUUUCCUGUAAUCGACUUACUGGAGGGAUUUCAUAUUUGAACGUGAAAGACGUUGUUGACUUGAGUUCAAACCGAUUCACAGGCGCAUUGCCAAGAGUAUUCCCAACUUUACAAUUUUUAAUUUUGUCAAAUAAUUCAUUUUCAAGUCCGCUUUUUGAAUUAGUUUGUAAUUCAUUAAGAACUGAACCGAUAAGAAUUCUUGCCAUUGAAACAAAUCUUCUCUCUGGAGAAAUCCCAGAUUGCUGGAAUCGUUGGCGAGGUUUGGGUUACUUAAAUUUGGAAAACAACAAAUUGAUUGGGAAAAUCCCACCUUCUUUGGGACAUUUAAGUCUUUUCGUGCUAAACCUUCAUAGCAAUGACAUGUUUGGAGAAUUACCAUCUACAUUGCAACACUCUACGAGGUUGAUUACGCUUGAUCUUAGUGACAAUCAUUUCAAUGGAAGUAUACCAGCAUGGAUUGGGGACAAGCUCUCAAAACUUGAGAUUCUAAUCCUUCGAUCGAAUAACUUUGAUGGCCACAUUCCUCAAAAAAUUUGUCAACUUCAAUCUCUUCAGAUCUUGGACCUUGGCCACAACAACAUUUCAGGAGCUAUUCCAAAUGUUUUAGUAAUUUGA